GAAGCAAUCCUCACACAUGAUAUGUUCAAGGACCGUCGAAAAGAUGAGAAUCUGGUGAUCAUGUCUGUUUUACAGCUUCUUCUGUGAUAAACGAUGUCGUUUUGACGACUGGUUUUGGGGUUCAGAGGGUUAAAAGAAGAUUAUUGAAAACACAGUUUGAGGACAAUAAAAUAAAUCUGUUUUUUCACUGAUAAAAGAUCUAUGUGUGUAACAUCUCACUCUCUUUGUGUAUAUGUUUCUGUUUUCAGGCCGUCCUCUGGUCGUAACUCUCUCCGCUCCAAAGCCACGACCGGAGGUAAAUCUCCCAGAAUGCACCUGUCUCCCAGCAGAGGGGGCGGGGCUACCUGGUCUCUGCAGCCGGAGCAGGUGGACCAGGUCUUCAAGGCGCUACGCAAAGGACUCAAAGAAUACCUGGAGGGUCACCAGGCUGAGAUGGACUUCCUGUCGUCACAGCAGAGAGAAACCAAGAGAAACUCCAGACUGGCCUUCCUGUAUGAUCUAGAGAAGGAGAUCAGAGCUUUGGAGAGAUACAUACGAAGACUAGAGUUUCAGAUCAGCAAGGUGGAGGAGCUGUAUGAGACCUACUGGGUCCAGUGGAGACUCUGUGAGGGAGCCGUCAACAUGAAGAGAGCCUUCUGUCUGUCUUCGUCCUCCAGGGCCUCCAGAGACAGUCUGCUGGAGCUCAGUCGCAACCACCGACACAGUCUGCAGGACAUGUCAGUUAUGGAGGAAGAGUUAGAAAUCCUGCUGGGAGAGCUUCACAUCAAGAUGAAGGGUCUGAUUGGUUUCGCUCGGCUCUGCCCUGGAGACCAGUACGAGGUGGUGGUGCAUUUGGGCCGCCAGCGAUGGAGGAUCAGAGGGAGGAUCGAAUCAGACGACACGCAGUCCUGGGACGAAGAGGAGAUGGUCUUCUUCCCACACAUACACCACAACUUUGAGAUCAAGGUAACGGAGGCCAAGGGUUUGGGUUGGCUGCUGGUCGGCAUGGUAACGUGUGCCAGCGCAGACUUCUUCGUGUCGAAACCUCAACUGAUGCUGGUGGACGUCACGGAGCUAGGAACCAUCAAACUCCAGCUGGAGGUCCGCUGGAGUCCCUUCGAUAGUACUGAGAGGAUGAGGCCGCUCUCAGUCAGCAGACUGUCACUGUCCAGCAGGAAGAGUUCAGUUUACAACUGGACGGCACCGAGUACUCCGUCCUUCACGGAGAAGUACUUCAUAUCGAUGAUGCGAGAGCUGCAGGACGAAGAAGGUUCCCUCUCGUCUCUGGUGUCUAAAAGUCGACCAAGCAGAGGAGGCGUGUCUCUGAUCAGCUACCUGUCCGACCCGUCACACGUCACACUGACCCACAGCGCUCAGAGUCCCUACAGUCUCAGGCGGACUCACAGCUUCCCCUCCAGCCACAGUCGGGGCACCAGUCUGGGAGGAAGCCAGACUCAGCUGUCCCUCCUGGACGUCUCAGAGGAGAAGGAGACGUGGAAAAGGAGGGAGGAGGAGGAGGAGGAGGAGUGGGGGAGUGAGUUAGAUACGAGGCAGACGGUUUCUCUACAGAGGUCCAGCACUCCUGACAUCCUCAGAAAGAACACAGACCAGGACCCAGUCCAGGUUCAGGACUCUGCCCCGACCCCCCCAACCUUAAGCUCCUUCUCUCCCGCGGCCGCCGCCCCCCCGCCCCCGGCGGUGAGCGGUGCCCAGCGCAGGGCCCAGGCCGUACGGGUGGGAGCCCUGAUGGUGCAGCUGGAGAAGACCUUAAGGAACCAGAGCUGCUCUGAGAAGGAGCUCAGACACCUGGACCACCAGGUCCUGCACCUGGCCACCAUCCUGAAGAACAACCUCUCUCUGCUGAGAGGCUCGUCUUCAGAGGAGAUGCUCGCUGUGGAAGAAGUGCUGGGCAGCUUUGACUUCCUGUCACAUGACGACAACACUUCCUGUUUGGGCAGCCUGAGACUGAAGGACAGCGGCGUCAGCUCUCUGCAGCGGAGACUCAGCCAAUCAACUCCUGAGGAAGAGUCGUUCAUCGCCCCGCUAACUUCUGGGAAUUGGGGUCUCGACCAGGCUCUUGAGACUCACCUGGAUAGUUGUUGCAUCCUGCUGCAGAUGAUCACAGCGACCAACUUCAGCCCCUCCAGGACGGACCUGCUGCAGGAAGUGACUCUCCAAGCUGACGUUCUGCAGAGAAUCAGUUGUGUGCUGCUGGAGAAGAAGAGCAGCAUCUCUGCUGGAGACAUCCUCCCAGAGGCCCAGAGGUCGAGGGAGGUGCUGCUGUUCUGGGACGACUGUGUGACGGACGGCGUCUCUCCGUUCUGCUGCGUCUCCGACGCGUUCUGCAGGACGUUAAAGAAACGUUACACCCACAAGGUGAAGGCCAAGCAGCCGGGCCAGUCGGACAAAGUCUUUUCUCAGCUCCUCCAGGAGCUCCAGGCGGUCUGUGGGUCGGUACCCGGCCUUCGUCCAGUCUGCAGCCCAGAGAGAGUGACUCUCUUCCAGCUGUGUGUGUAUCUGAAGCGCUGCAGCGUCCAGCAGCUGGGAGAUCACGUCUCACGUCUCUCCAGAGAACAGUACAUCCUGUCAGCCCUGAGGAGCCCCAAAAGGAGGCGGGCUCUAAAUAAGCUAAGGAGGCGGAGCAUCACAGAGCUCCUCCCACUGAGAUGCACACUGCAGACUCUGGCCGCGCUGCAGGUCGACUCCAACCACAAAGUCUGCAAAGCUGCAGCCAGCUGUCUGUGUAGAGCUGCAGGCUGCAAGGCCUUCAGGAGUCAGGCCAUAGUUUACUACACAGAGAGUUUGAAGAGCCCUGAUGUUCAGAUCCAACAUGGCUCCUGUCUGGCUCUUAAAUGCCUCAGGGCCACAGAGAGCGUGGACCACAUAUCAGAUUUGUGGAGAUCAGCUGAUGAAGAUCUUUGCAGCGCUGCCAGAGAAACUGUCCUCUCUUUUGGUAAAAAGGGCCACCAGGCCUUCCAGAGGAUGGAGCAGCUGUACACUGAAAGGCAGGAGGUGGUCUACCAGAACCAGGAGACUGAGAGUACCUUCCUCUAGGAAACAAGCGUGGACCUUAAAGAGGUCUUUUCUCUGGUGGGAUCCGACAUGAAGCGCCUCAGUGAUCCAGACGGACAGAGACCAGAGGAAGUGUCCAUGAAGUUUGAAGAGCUCUGUGGUUCCUUCAUGAUGGAUGAGGAACUUUCUCUGCUUCAUCCUCAGACUUUACUGGAAACAUGAAUUUAUUUUAUUGAGUUUUUGCAUAAAGAAGAAUGACUUCAGUUAAAGGUCUACAUGGUUGUUUUAUUGCAAAGUGAAGGAGAAAUGUAUUCAUAUUAUACACAAUGUCAUAAGUGUGAUUAAGAAGCAUAAUGAGCCAAAUUAUGAUGUGAACAUUAAACUCCUCUGAACAGAGGCCGGGGUUCAAACAGAGAAAGCUGAUUCUAUUAAAUUCGACUUCAUUGUUUAUCAGCUUUUGAACAUAAUGGAGCUGCUGAGAUGUGACAUUCAGGGACUCCAGAGGAUCGUAGGUCAAACCAGCAUUUAAAAGCUUUCACUCUGUUCUUCACAAGCAGAAUUUACUCCAGAGUUUCAUACUUUGCUUUGGGUGAGUUGUCAUUGGAGAUACGCAUUGAUUAGCAUUGAUUUAGCCUGAAGAAGAGUUCAGUCCUGAGGCAACAAUGGAGAAUAGUAAGACUUUAUAAAAAGGUACAAAACAGGUGCUAAACUGAUGCUUUAAUGCAGUGAUUCUCAACUGGUGGGUCGCGACCCAAAAGUGGGUCGCGGGCCUUUGCCUGACAAAAAAAAACAAA